AUGGUAAAGCCAUUACGCCACCAAGGAGGGCACGCAGAUCUGCAAAUUGCGUUGGAGAAUCAGGGAGGAAAACACCAGAAAAUGUGGUGCAUGGAGGCACUGCUCUUGCAAAGGAGGCGCUUCUGUGUGGAGAGGUGUAAGAUGGGGUUCGCCUCUUUUUGUGUGCCCUUUUUGGGCUUCCUGGUGGCCUCUUUCUUCAUACAAGGCCUGGAAGCAGUAUCUUGUCCCCUGAACUGGUUUCUUUAUGAGCAGCAUUGCUACGGAUUUUUCGAGAAUAAACUGACCUGGAACGAUGCAGAGACAGAAUGCAGUUCACAUGGCAAACAUGCCCACCUUGCCUCCAUCCUUAGCAAACGGGAAAUGGAUACUAUCUCUUCUGCUCUACUCACCGGUUACGAAAAGUUAUUUAAAAUCUGGAUUGGAUUGUACAAAAUCCCAAACGGGAAGUUUAUUGGAGAGAUAUUUGUGUAA